AUGAAUACUAAAACAUAUGAACAACAAACAAAACUAAUGCAGAACGGAAAUGACCCAAAUACAUGGCCGUUGUUACCAUCAACAACAGCCGUUUCAAAUCAAUAUUGGACUAAUAAUUCAACACCGAAAUCAUUUCAAAAUGAAUUUGACCAAGUUAAAAAUGAAUGUGCUCGUGAAAUGAAUGAAAUAAACAAGAAAUUUGAUGACUUUCUUCAAAAAUGUCAACAAGAACUAAAAACAAUUGAACAACAAAUACAAAUACAAAAAGAAAUAUUAAAAAUUGUGUCUAAUGCUGUGAUGAAACAGUUAUUUCCAACAUGCAUCCAUUCAACUCAAGCAGUACAAAUGUUGGCUUCAAAAAUAUUAGAAAAAGAAGAAGGCAUCAACAUCAAAGCCGGCUAUGAUAAAAUGAUUGAAAAUCUAAAAGUGAAUGCUGAUCUUUUACGUCAACAAUUACUAUUUUUUACAACGUACUAUAACAAAUUAGACAAUAUUGGGGUGAAACAAAGUAAUGGGUUAAAUUUUGGUAUUGAUUCAUUAAUAUCAAUGCAAAAUGAAAAAUAA